GCCCCGUAACGGCACAAAGUUUUGAGUUUCUCUUUCUAUUUCUAGCGCCCCCCUCUCUCUCUCUCUCUCUCUCUCUCUCUCUCCGGCUAUCUUCUCAUAUACUCUCUCUCUCUCUCUGAAACACAGUGCAUUCCUGCGGUGUCUUUCUCACUGAAAUCUUCUUCGGUAUUUUGACCCUGUCUCCGUGGAUUGAGGAACAGCCGGCUGUUGGAUUUACAUGGCGAUUGCUUUGUGGAUGAAGUUUCUGACAUUAGAUUUGGUGGCCUGAUUGAUUUGAGUUGACUCAGUGAACUGGUGUUCAAUCGGCCUACAUUUCCAGGUGCGAGAUUGAGAUUUAAGGAAGAGUUAAGGAAUGGAGUCGUCACAGUCGCAGCAACAAAGAAGAGGAGGUUUGGUCUCGCUGUCCCCCUCGCAGACGCCUCGAUCGAGCGAUAAGGCGGCGAGAGAUCUGAGGCCUGGCGAUGGGAAUUCGAACAGUAAACACGAUAAGGAUAAAGGUGUUAACGUUCAGGUUAUUGUUCGAUGCAGGCCACUGAGUGAAGACGAGAUGAGACUGCAUACACCCGUGGUGAUUUCUUGCAAUGAGUAUAGAAAAGAAGUGUCUGCAAUUCAGAAUAUAGCUAAUAAGCAGAUUGAUAGAACUUUCUUGUUCGACAAGGUUUUUGGUCCAGCCUCUCAACAAAAGGAGUUAUAUGAUCAAGCUGUUUCUCCUAUAGUGUUUGAAGUUCUCGAGGGUUAUAACUGCACUAUUUUCGCCUAUGGUCAAACGGGAACGGGGAAAACAUACACAAUGGAGGGAGGUGGAAGGAAAAAGAAUGGUGAAUUUCCAAGUGAUGCAGGAGUCAUUCCCAGGGCUGUCCGACAAAUUUUUGAUAUACUAGAAGCGCAAAAUGCUGAAUACAACAUGAAAGUUACAUUUUUAGAGUUGUACAAUGAGGAAAUAACAGAUCUAUUAGCCCCAGAGGAAACUACAAAAUUUAUAGACGACAAAUCCAAGAAACCAAUAGCACUGAUGGAGGAUGGAAAAGGAGGUGUUUUCGUUAGAGGCUUGGAGGAGGAGAUAGUUUGCACUGCCAAUGAGAUUUAUAAGAUCUUGGAGAAAGGUUCUGCUAAGAGACGUACAGCAGAAACUCUUCUUAACAAACAAAGCAGUCGAUCUCACUCAAUAUUUUCCAUUACAAUUCAUAUUAAAGAGUGUACUCCAGAGGGAGAGGAGAUGAUUAAGUGUGGGAAGCUUAAUCUUGUUGACCUUGCUGGUUCGGAGAACAUCUCACGUUCUGGUGCAAGAGAGGGUAGAGCAAGGGAAGCUGGAGAGAUAAACAAAAGUUUGCUUACACUUGGGCGUGUCAUUAAUGCCCUUGUUGAGCACUCUGGUCAUGUGCCUUAUAGGGAUAGUAAGCUGACAAGAUUGUUGAGGGAUUCUUUGGGAGGAAAAACAAAGACAUGCAUAAUUGCUACUAUAUCACCGUCUAUACAUUGCCUGGAAGAAACACUCAGCACUCUAGAUUAUGCACACCGUGCCAAAAAUAUCAAGAACAAACCAGAGAUCAAUCAGAAGAUGAUGAAAUCUGCACUUAUCAAAGAUUUGUAUUCUGAAAUUGACCGGCUUAAGCAAGAGGUAUAUGCUGCAAGAGAGAAGAAUGGUAUUUAUAUACCAAAAGAUCGUUAUCUUCAGGAUGAGGCAGAAAAGAAGGCCAUGUCUGAGAAAAUAGAGCGUAUUGAACUUGAUUUAGAAUCCAGAGACAAGCGACUGAUGGAGCUGCAGGAACUUUACAAUUCUCAGCAGCUUUUGACUGCCGAAUUAAGUGAUAAACUUGAAAAAACCGAGAAAAAGCUCCUUGAAACUGAGCAUGCGUUAUUUGAUCUUGAAGAGAAACACAGGCAAGCAAAUGCAACAAUUAAAGAAAAGGAAUAUUUGAUAUUCAAUCUUCUUAAGUCUGAGAAAUCACUUGUUGAACGGGCCGUUGAACUUCGUGAGGAGCUAGAGACUGCUGCCUCUGAUGUCUCUAGCUUGUUCAGUAAAAUUGAGCGCAAGGAUAAAAUAGAAGAUGGAAACAGAAUUCUUAUCCAUAAAUUUCAGUCUCAGCUAACUCAACAGCUUGAGACCUUGCAUAAGACUCUGGCAGCUUCUGCCACUCAACAAGAGCAGCAACUGAAAGACAUGGAGGAAGACAUGCAUUCCUUUGUAUCUACAAAGGCAGAGGCUACUGAAGAACUUCGAGGCCGUCUAGCAAAGCUGAAAGCUAUGUAUGGUUCUGGUAUCAAGGCUUUAGAUGAAAUAGCUGGAGAGCUUGAAGGAAAUUCUAGGUCAACAUUAGGGCAUCUGAAUUCUGAAGUUUCCAAACAUUCAUCAGCUCUUGAGAAUCUUUUCAAGGGAAUUGCUUCAGAAGCUGAUGCAUUACUCAAUGAUCUUCAAAGUAGUCUUCAUAGUCAAGAAGACAAGUUAACUGCAUUUGCACAACAACAGCGUGAGGCACAUUCCAGAGCUGUGGCAACAACCCGGUCAAUUUCACAAAUUACAGUGAACUUCUUCAAGACUUUAGACAUGCAUGCCUCAAAAUUGAGUGAAAUUGUGGAAGAAGCACAAACAGUCAAUAAUCAAAAAUUAUCUGAACUAGAAAUGAAAUUUGAGGAGUGUGCGGCCAAUGAAGAGAAGCAACUCCUACAAAGGGUGGCAGAACUGCUUGCAAGUUCAAAUGCAAGGAAGAAAAAACUGGUUCAAACAGCACUCCAUGGCCUUCGGGAAAGUGCAGCUAGUAGAACCAGCAGAUUACAGCAAGAAAUGUCAACAAUGCAAGAUUCAACUUCCUCCGUUAAAGCUGAAUGGAAGAUUUACACGGAAAAAGCUGAAACUAAUUAUCUCGAGGACACUGCUGCAGUUGAGAAUGGAAAGAAAGACCUAUCAGGGAUCCUACAGAGCAGUUUGCAAAAGGCAAAGAUGGGGUCGCAGCAGUGGAGCAACGCUCAAGAUUCAUUGCUCUGUCUAGAGAAAAGCAACGUCGCUUCGCUGGAUAAUAUAGUCAGGAGUGGAAUGGAAGCCAAUCAAAACCUCCGUGCUCAGUUUUCUGCUGGAGUGUCAUCUGCACUUGAAGAUGCAGAGGCUGCAAGCAAGAGCAUCCUUUCCUCUAUUGAUCAUUCAUUACAACUUGACCAUGAUGCAUGUGGAAACCUCAACUCCAUUAUUGUUCCUUCUUGUGGAGAGUUGAGGGAAUUGAAAAGCGAGCACUACCACAAGAUUGUGGAGAUCACAGAAGACGCUGGAAAGUGUCUCCUAGCCGAAUAUGUGGUGGAUCAACCGUCAUGCUCAACACCGAGAAAGAGACCGUUCAAUUUGCCAAGCAUUGUAUCAAUUGAAGAACUGAGAACCCCCUCUUUUGAGGAGUUGUUGAAGUCGUUUUGGGAAGCCAAAUCUUCAAAGCAAGCAAAUGGAGAUGUGAAGCAUAUUCUAGCUUCGCAGGAUGGCCCCCAAUCUGUCAGAGACUCUAGAGUUCCUCUCACUGCGGUUAACUGAAAUAUAUAAAAAAAAAAAAAAUGAAAA